GUGGUUUGCUGUGAAGAAGGUGGCGUCUAACUAGUUUAACACUUGAUCAUAAAAAAAAACCCGUUGGUGUUUGCAAUAUGUUGACUAUUGGUUGAUUUUAUGGCAAAAUCGUCACAUAAAAGAUGAACUGCAGCAGUGGCCAGACGCUGCCUUGUUACGUCAUCCGCGUCUACACUUCCGUCAUUGAAAGUUGGAAAGUCCUCCUCUUUUCGGUCACUCCAUAGUCGGCCCCGAGCGCAGACUGACAGGCGAGCAGCGGACCUGAUCAGAACCAUGAGGUUCGGACUGACGAUCGUGUUGUUGGGCUUCGUGUGCGUGUCGGAGUGUGCUCCCCCGACGUGUUACUCCAGGGCACUCGGCCUCAGCAAAGAAGUCAUGACCCUUUUGGAUAAGAUUCACACCUACCAUCGCACGAAAACGUGUGCUCGCCAUCUGCCCACCAUCUUCCUGGAUGUGCACAACUCCUGCAUCACUACCAAACUGCGCGACUUCCUCUACGUGGUGCUCAACCACCCCAGCCAGUACUGCAGGGAGCGGCCCAGGAUCGUGCUGCUCAAACGUAAAAUCCAGAACUUGUACUCCAUCAUCUCAAGGAUUUGUUACCGGGACCUGGUGUUUUUCACAGACGACUGUGAGGCCAUCGACACGGGACACAGCAGGCCUCACUUUGCAGAGGACAGGCUUCAGCUUCUGCAGGAGGAGAGAUAAGCAGCCCACAGAGUAGCCUGAAAGAAGCACUCAAAUACAAAUAUAAACAACUAGUAGUGUAUUUAUUUGAAUACUCUGACUUAACUGCACGCUCAAGUUAGGGACAUGCAUGGGUACAUUCCUGCGAUGAGGGCAGGACUUACCACAGGAAAUUUGCUGAAUGCCAACCAUGCGGACGCAAACCUUGAAAUAAUAAACCAGUGAGAGAUGCCGGUGAGUCGGGCUUGGCCAGUGCUUACCUAAGCAGGGCCGAUCAAAGCUGUGUGUCAUUGAGAGAAAUCGGCGGUGUUGUCGUAACCCUUGCUCGGACUGGCAUGUCUUGAAAGGAACUCUAUUUGCAAAGUUGAACUUGCUGGUUGAAAAAAAAAAACAAGUACAGCAGCACUGCUUCAAGUCAGAUGCAUUGUUUGUAUAGCGCUGAAGCAAUAUUGACACCAAAAUAUCUCAGUCCUGAAAGAGCAUAUUAUUGUAGUUUAUCUUACGCUUGUUUGUCGACUAUAUUUGAAAGCUAACGCAAGAAUAAACAUUUUGGUUUAGCAGUUUGAUUAUUUAUGGCUGUUAUUUAUUACAGGGCACAUCCUGACUUCAUGGCAAAAGCACUGUAAAUGUCAAAUGGUCAAGUUGCCUCCUUCUGGUCACCCAAGUAGACACCCGAUUACCAAAAAAAUAUUGUUGUUUAAAUUGUAUGGCAUUGAGACCCUGAGGGUCACUAGACGUCUCCAGUUUGUACGGUCCUGGAAGGUUGCUCGGCUAGAGGUCCUGGUCGACAAUGUUUGACCAGCAGGUGCGGGGUCGCCGGCAAGGAUGGCUCCAGCCGGCUGUUAACAAGUCUACUAACUCCUUCCCUGUCAACAACACCUGGAAAGAUUAACUCUGUUCCUUUGCCACCGCAUGCAGAGCAACUCCAGGCCUACAGACUUAACACACACACCAUGGACCUUGGCUAUAUAUACCCCCACCCCACACCUUUUGCACGGCUUCACCCCACGUAGUAUGAAGGACAACGGCGCAGCGCCCCUAAUGGCUGGAAGCUUUAAGCCGGAUGCCUGCCCCCUCCUCUUCUGUUGCAAGCCUUGUGGUUUCUUGUCAACAUUAGUUUAUGUACUUUUUUUUUCUCUGCCCAAGCCUGUGCCUCCUCCCCUAUAGGAGCCCAGUCUGAGAUCGACUUUUUUUUUACUCACCCUCCCCCGGCAUCUACCUAUUCCCCACUUUUUACGGGGCGUCGCAAGUAUCGACUCAUCACCGUUCCUGUUCUGUUCCUGUACAAUGUUUGUUUGUCUAAUCUGGAACGGGUUUGUGGUGAAAAUGAAAUGUUGUACUUGUGCAAAGACAAAUAAGUGCAUACCACCAUGCCAUAGUCAAAUUAUAUUCUGAUGGCGUGGGACAGUGGAGGACAUGUCCAAGGCAUCGAGCGCGGCGCUAGUCAAGGACACAGAGAAUGUUGGAGUGACUGGUUCUUUGACGCAGCUCCGCUUUGGAGAUAUGGUCAUACCACAGCACGGCCUUGAUGGUUUUAAAGACACGGGACUGGAAGCCAUGGAUCAA